AAGAGAUGGAGUGACUGAGAGGAGAGAGUGAGCAGGUAGUCAAAAGGUGGACAGGAUAUUGGUGUGCAUGUGUGUCGGUAUCUCAGCGUCUGCUUUGUAUCAAUCAUUAUCACCACCAUCACAAGGAGAAGAACCAGCACUUUAUGCGGUGGAAUCAAGCUGACAAACAUCUCAUGCAAUUCUGAAGUGUUCCAGGCAAAUGGCGGAUACAGAUUGUGAAGGGGUUUCAAUGGAUGCUCAGGUAGAAAAAGAGAGAGAAGAGGAAGGCGGUCAAAGAACUUCUCUCCUCUCACCACAGCUGAAAGCCAUGAUCCGAAUCAAGAAAAAAUACCUGAAAAAACCUAAAGCAGAGCGAGGCUCUAAUUCUGUCAGAUUAGGCCAUUACACAAACUCAGUUAAUGUCACCUCCGAUUGGGCUUUGCACCCUAAGAGCCCUCAAACCAGGAAGUCCAAACGACGGAAUACUCGGGUACUGUUCCCCAAUGAUACAUUGAUGUUCAAGCCAAAGAAAGAACGUAGCCGAGCAAAACCAUUCCUAAUUCUCUUCAGUGUGAUUGUUUUUGUCCAGGUCUACAACGCCAUUGAGAAUCUCGACGACCAUGUUUUGAAGUACGAUCUUGAGGGUUUAGAGAGGACGUUACACAGAGAGAUGUUUGGUCAGCAUGAAGCACUAGAUGAGCUAAUGGAUCAUCUGAAUGAUUACCUAUCCACCUACGCCCACCAACAACCCCUCGCCCUGUCUUUACAUGGGGCGUCUGGCGUAGGCAAGAGCCAUUUAGGCCGCCUGAUUGCACGACACUUUCGAUCAGUGGUAGAUGACAAGCUAGUCAUGCAGUAUUUCUCCAAACAUCACUGCUCCCUACAGGAAUCAGCUCAGCACUGCGCCUCCGAACUCACUAAACGUGUAGUUGACAUAGUGACUCAUGCCGAAGACGAGGAACAGAUUCCGUUCAUCAUCCUGGAUGAUGUGGACCUAAUGCAGCCUCCGUUAUUGGACGUUUUGCAGACGUUUCUUGAGUCAGAUCAGACAAAUGAGUUUCUUAAUGUGGUUUACAUUUUCCUGAGUAGUCUAGGUCAAAGGGAGAUUACAGCUCACAUUCUUCUAAACGCCUCCACCGCUGGAGCCGAGAAACCGCUGAGGAAUGCCUUGUCCCUCAUCCAUCCUCUAUGGAUGGAACCUGCAGUUGAGCUUAUCCCACUUUCUCUACUUGAGCGGGAACACAUCAUGCAAUGCUUUCUAGAGGAAAUGACACUCGAGGGGUUCUAUCCCGACCUCAGUCAUGUUGAAAGACUGGCAGAUGAACUCGCCUAUCACAGAGCAGCUGGCAGACAGUAUGCAAAGACUGGCUGCAAACAAGUAGUGGGAAAAGUUAACCUGCUUUGAGAGAAUCAUCCAUGAACAGAAUCUGACUCAGGGGUUUGUGCCUAUGGAUAAUGCA